UUUUUACUUUGGGAAACAAGUCAUGCAAGUAUCAGACGAUGUAAUUGUAAGAUUUUGUCACAGAUUUCACAAAUAAUUCCCAAACGCAUGUAUGCUUUGAAGCAACUACACCACAGUUUUGCAAAAUGCAAUGCUACAUGUUUCUGAACAUUGUGUGAAAUAUGCGUUUGACUUCAAUUCGACUGAUUUACAACGGAGAAGUCUGAAAAGUUACGCCAUCUAUUCUAACUAAACUGCUAAACUUCUGCUGUUUGUUUAUAAAGUGUAUUUUCUUCUCGGUGACAAUCACAGUCAUCACCAUCACACAAACUGGACGAGGACUAAAAUAAGGUGGGACUAGUUUACUUCUACCCUUAAAAAAAACCUGGGUACGACUCUGGAGUCUGAAAAGCCCACAGACUGGUAGUGCUAGAAGUCUUGUUCUACAUUCUGAACAUCACGAGUAUCUUACAAGGAUCAUGCAUGAUGCGUAUGAAGAAAAACCUAUCCUGGAAAAACUUCCGCUUCAAAUUGAGUCUAUAGCCUGCCAUGGGGACCAGUUACUUGUUGGUACUAAGCAGGGUCAUCUACUGGUUUAUAGUGUCACUGGUGGACAAGGGGUCUCAAGUUACAAGGUAGACUUGCUCAAGUCCUUCAAGUCAUUCUCGAAAAAGCCCAUCCAACAGUUGGCAUGUAUACCAGAGCUACAGAUACUAAUCAGUUUAUCAGAUACCAUCAUCAAUGUGCAUGAUCUAAAUCAGUUCUCACACAUCACAAGCAUAGCCAAAACAAAAGGAGCAACUCUCUUUGCCAUAGACUUGCAGAAAUUAUCGACUGAUAGCGGCAAUGUCACCUACAAUCUCCGUCUGUGUGUUGCUGUUAAGAGGAAGCUGCAACUCUUCUACUGGAAACACAGAUCCUUUGAAGAGGUCAAGACUGAGCUUGGAGUUCCUGAUGUACCUAAGGCUAUGGCAUGGUGUGGUAGAUCACUAUGUGUGGGAUUCAAAAGAGACUACUUUCUUAUCAGGGUUGAAAAUGGUGAAUUGAAAGACCUAUUUACGACUGGUAAUGCGUCUCAAGCAGAGCCUACAGUCACCAGAUUAUCUGAAGAUAUGCUGGCAUUGGGACGGGACAUGAUGAGCAUUAUCAUUGACUCUGAAGGACAGCCGGCUAAGAAGUACGCCCUCACAUGGUCAGACUUUCCUAUCAUGCUGGAGCAUGACCAGCCUUACAUCAUCGCAGUUCUUCCUAAGUAUGUAGAGAUUCGAACUGUGGAUCCUCGUCUUAUUGUACAGACUAUUGAACUCAGCAAACCCCGCUUUAUCACGAUAGGAACUGGACUCGUUUAUGUAGCGUCAAAUCAUUUCAUCUGGAGACUGGACCCCAUACCCAUCACUACACAAAUCAAGGCACUCUUAGCAGACAACCAGUUUGAACUUGCACUACAUUUGGCUAAUAUGACGGACGAAGUAGAAGCAGACAAGCAGAGACGAAUUCAACAUAUCCAGAACCUUUAUGCCUUUGAGUUAUUCCAACAGCAUCGCUUUGAAGAAUCGAUGAAAAUGUUUACUAAAUUGGGAACAGACCCAUCCCAAGUCAUCGGCCUGUUCCCAGACCUCCUUCCCAAAGAGUACCGCAACAAGCUCGAGUACCCAAGCAUGCCCACGGAGUUGACCGGUGCGGCCAUGGAGAAGGGCCUGUCAGCCCUGGAGAAGGGCCUGUCAGCCCUGAUAGAAUACCUAACCCAGAAGAGGCAAGACUUAAUGAAGAUCUCAAACAAGGAGCUCAACCAACCGUCCACGAUCGUAGAGGGGUGUGCCACGGUCACGUCUCGAAAACAGAUGAGCCUGAUCAUUGAUACAACACUUCUGAAAUGCUAUCUACAGACAAAUGAUGCACUUGUAGCACCGUUACUCAGAUUGAAGGAUAAUAACUGCCAUCUGGAAGAAAGCGAAAGAGUCCUCAAGAAACAUCAGAAAUACAGUGAACUCAUCAUCCUAUAUGAGAAGAAGGGACUUCAUAAAAAAGCAUUGGACUUAUUGUUACGGCAGUCUCAAAAGCCCAACAGUCCCUUGAAGGGCCAUGAGAGAACAGUGUCGUAUCUACAGAGGCUCGGAAGCGAUCAUUUUGGUCUGAUCUGCGAGUAUGCAGCGUGGGUCUUAAAGGCAUGCCCUGAGGAUGGACUCAAGAUUUUUAUAGAAGAUAUUCCAGAAGUUGAAACCUUGCCAAGAGACCGUGUCCUGGAGUACCUGAUGGGUGUUGCCAAGAAUCUAUCGGUGCCGUACUUAGAACAUGUCAUUCUAGCAAUAGGGGAUAACACCCCCGAAUUUCACAAUCGACUGAUCCAUCUAUACAGGGAGAUGGUGCAGGAGAAGGCAGCGGCAUACCUUCACACUUUGCCAGAGGGUCAGUUACCUCUCAGAGCCGGCACUGAACCGGGGGAGUAUGGAGAGCUCAGGAGAAAGCUUCUCUUCUUUCUUGAGACGUCGUCAUCCUACAUUCCAGAGCGACUGCUCACACAUUUCCCUUUUGAUGGAUUCUACGAGGAGAGAGCACUACUUCUGGGUAGACUAGGACGUCAUGAGCAAGCGCUGGCCAUCUAUGCACACAUACUGAAAGAUACCAAGCGAGCAGAGGAAUACUGCAGGAGAAACUAUGCAAGAGAUCCAGAGGCUAAUAAAGAUGUGUACCUGUCACUGUUUAAAACGUACAUCAGUCCGCCAGAUGCAAAUACAUUACGGAUCAUGGCUAGUAUGGAAGCCUCUGAACCUAACAUCAAUGCAGCGUUAGAUGUCUUACAGUAUCACCAUGAAAAGGUGGACACAGCCAGGGCACUGGCAAUGCUACCGGAGACGAUACAAGUGUCUAAUGUAUGCACCUUCCUUGAAAGCGUCCUUGAGACCAAGGCUAAGCACCGACGUAGCAAUCAGAUACUCAAGAGUCUCUUCUUCUCAGAGAAUCUCCAGAAACUGUUUAUUGUGACUGGAUCCCUGUACGUUGUCAUAGUACACAGAUAAGCCCUGGAUACAGCCUGAACAUACAGAAUCGAAAAUGAUUGUUGAUUGAUUUCAUAAUCAAAAUGAGUACAGUUGGUUCUCAGAAACAGUUCAAAAGAGAAUGAUUCAUCGGUUGAUUUGCCCAGAAUUUAACUCCUUAAAGGAACACGUUGCCUUGGAUCGGACGAGUUGGUCUUUGAAAAGCGUU